UGCUUGCACGAGAUCAAAGCAACAUCUCGAGAAGCCAGCCGUAGACAUGGCGAGCCUCAACAUUUCGAAAAUGGUGCUUGACAAGGACAGCUGGGAGAAUAUCCCGCCGAUGGUCUUCAAGUCCUUUCAGACAACGAAUACCAACAUGUUUGCGAUCAAAAAGUGGGCCGACUUCUACGAAUCGCGUGCGAAGAGCCAAACUGAGUUCCUGACCAAAAUGGAGGAGAAGCUUACAUCAAUGGAACACAAUCUUGGAUCAUUGCAAGAGAGGAUGUUGAACGGAGAGCAGAACCUGGCCUCCGAGUCCGACACCGUCAGGCAACAAGCCUUGACGUGCGCUCACACAUUUCAGCGCAUGGAAGCCUGCUUGGCCCUGGUCUUCCGUCAGCUAGGCCAAACCUUUGGAGUGCACAUCGAUUGCGCCGGGCCGCCGGAGCCGGCGUCCGCAGCCUCACCGCUCCCCGGCUCAGCAGAAGAGCCGGAGGGAGAGGAGAGAGAAGAACGAGAAGAGGAGGCCGAGAAGCCAGAUGGUGUUUCCUUGAUGAAGACAUCACUUCUUGGUCUGGAAAAGGAAUUGGAAGCUGUGAAGAUGGCCUUCGACAAAUGGAGAGAAGGGCAUGCAGAAGAUGAGCAACGUUAUGAGACGAUCCAGUCCUCUAUACAGGACUUGCAACAUGCUUCAGGAGAAUCUCAAGGAAGCAUCUCAACUUGCCAAGAGCUCCUCGAGGAGCACUCACGUGCAAGUGAGUCCUUAAGAGCGGAGCUGGCCCAAACGCAAGCUUCGGUGCAAGAGCUGCAUUCCACUCGAGUCCAGCAGGAAGAUGUCGAAGCCGCGAUUCAGCAGAACAACGAGGAGUUGGAGGCCCAAAGCCGCAAGACCGACGACGCGGUGGACCGCCUCGGCCGUCGCUUGGAGGAGCACGUGUCGGAAGUCCAACGCCUCGUCUCCGAGAUGGGCCGUCAGACGGAUGAGAGAGUAGAGGACUACAGCAAUCAGGUCGCAAAGAUGGUGGAGGGGCAUAUGAAUCCGUUGAAUGCCUACCUCAACACCAUGCACGUGAAGAUUGAUGUCAUUCGUGUGGACCUCGACAAGCUGAAAGACCAGGCACCUCGAUUUGCCGCGAGCAUUGAGCAAGUGACCAAGAAGCUCCAGGACGUGGAAGAGGUGCAUGAGAGCAAAUCCUCGGAGCUGAAUGGUUCCAUGGAGGAUCUCAGAGAAACUAUGGCCAAGAAUGUGGAGAGGCAUGAUGGACAACAUGGCCAGCUGAGCAAAUCAAUGAAGGAGCUGUCGCAAGACCUGGAGCGACGCCUCGUGGAGACACGCAGCUUCGCAGAGAGGACCUCCGAGUCCUUGGAACUGGUGAAGCAGGAAGACUUGAGUGGCCUUGCCCGAGAACUUUUGAUUUUGGAUCAAAAGGUUGCAAAGUGGGUGCAUUCAACUCCUUUGCCGGCCAGGAUUUCUGAGGCACGCUUGUACUCCUUGGAAGCCCGGCUUGCGGAUGAGAUGGAUGCACGGAUUGCCUUCGAGUGCAAGGUUCGGAAGGGCCUGCAGACCACGCCCCGAGAGCCGAGCGACGACGUGACGAACCUGGUCCUGCCACAGUUGUCACAGGAGUCCUUUGGGCCAGGCUACGCCAAGAAUGGCCCUCCGAGUGGACGCAGGCGUUUGGCCCGCUGAACCGUGCUGAGCCAAGCUAUGCCGAUGCGGUGUACAUGCGCACUCCCAAACCGGAAGGCGCAAAGGAAGGCGCACCUGGUGUUUUUUGGGCCAGGGAUGUACAUCAAAACG